AAAAAAAGUCAAAGAAAGGCCGAAAACUCUGUAAAUUCAUUGUAGCUCUCUUCCACUCUAUAAUACACGCCCUUUCCACUUGCAAACCCUCGUAAAUGACAUGGUCUACCGUCACGUCAGCACAGAUAUGAAGAAACGUGCUUUGUACCUAUUAGAAGAAGGCUGGGGUCUUGACGCCGUGUUGGAUGCUCUAGGUGUUUCAGACGACAGCGUACGGCGAUGGAGACGUAAUGAAGAGGAAUAUGGGUCUGUCAGAUCACCCGUACUACCUCAAGGACGUCCAAGAAUUCUCGGAACUGCUGUUUCCAUUGAGUUGGAUCAGCUGGUGCGCGAGACACCUUCAAUUUUCCUCGACGAAAUUAUGGGCUACCUGGCAAUCAUGCACGGCCAGUCAAUUUCAAUCCCCACAAUCCAAAGAAACCUUGUCGAACUUGGACUCCACCGAAAACUAAUCAGAAAAAUCGCCUCGCAGCGUGAUGAAGCCCUUCGCACCUCAUGGUUGGACCAUAUCAUUCAAAACUAUACAGCCGAACAGAUGGUAUUCGUUGACGAAUCUUCGAAGGAUGGCCGAACAAUUGCACGGCGGUAUGGGCGAGCACAACGUGGGGAAACUCCAGAAGAGAUCAUGAGUUUCAAACGAGGGGAUCGUUACAGCAUCCUUGCUGCAUUAGCAUUGAGCGGAUACAUAGCCGUACGAGUUGUGGAGGAUUCAGUGGACAGCGAAGAAAUGUAUGAUUAUGUGAUUAGUGACCUGGUUAAUGUCAUGAAUCCUUUCCCCCAACCAUGUAGUGUCCUCAUCAUGGACAAUUGUAACAUACACAAGGGUCAGGCCAUCCGACAAGCCAUUGAAGCAAAUGGAUCUAUUCUCAUAUUCUUACCACCAUACUCGCCUGAUUUCAAUCCCAUUGAAGAAAGCUUUAGUUGUGUGAAAUAUCACCUUCGCCGACACUGGCGUGAGCUUGACAACCAUCCGUUUCCAAAGCAAGUGUUAUAUGAAGCCUGUAUGAUAGCUGUUCACGCAGGGAAUGCCCCCGGAUGGUUUAGAGAUAGCGGAUACCUGUAGUAGCUGUAUAUAUACUUCAAUCAUUGAUCACAACCUAUCGUUCAAUUCUCAAAUCUUUUGAGGUACCUGAUAUA